AUGCAGAUUUUCGUCAAGACCCUUACCGGCAAGACUAUCACCCUUGAGGUGGAGUCCAGCGACACCAUCGACAACGUCAAGUCGAAGAUCCAGGACAAGGAGGGUAUUCCCCCCGACCAACAGCGUCUGAUCUUCGCCGGCAAGCAGCUCGAGGACGGUCGUACUCUUUCCGAUUACAACAUCCAGAAGGAAUCUACUCUCCACUUGGUGCUCCGUCUUCGUGGUGGCAUGCAGAUCUUUGUCAAGACCCUGACCGGCAAGACCAUCACCCUUGAGGUGGAGUCUAGCGAUACCAUCGACAAUGUCAAGUCGAAGAUCCAGGACAAGGAGGGUAUUCCCCCCGACCAACAGCGUCUGAUCUUCGCCGGCAAGCAGCUCGAGGACGGUCGCACUCUCUCCGAUUACAACAUUCAAAAGGAAUCCACUCUUCACCUGGUGCUCCGUCUCCGUGGUGGUAUGCAGAUCUUUGUCAAGACUCUCACCGGAAAGACCAUCACAUUGGAAGUUGAAUCCUCAGACACCAUUGACAACGUGAAGAGCAAGAUUCAAGAUAAGGAGGGAAUUCCCCCCGACCAGCAGCGCCUGAUUUUUGCUGGCAAGCAGCUUGAGGAUGGGCGUACACUUUCCGACUACAACAUUCAAAAAGAAUCCACUCUCCACUUGGUGCUCCGUCUGCGUGGUGGUAUGCAGAUUUUCGUCAAGACUCUCACCGGAAAGACGAUCACAUUGGAGGUGGAGUCCUCAGACACAAUCGACAAUGUGAAGAGCAAGAUUCAGGACAAGGAGGGUAUCCCUCCUGACCAGCAGCGUCUCAUCUUCGCUGGUAAGCAGCUUGAGGAUGGGCGCACGCUGUCCGACUACAACAUCCAGAAGGAGUCUACUCUUCACUUGGUGUUGCGUCUGCGCGGUGGACAGUAA